CUCUCCGUUCCCCUUCUCAUUACCCUCUCUCUCUCUCUCUCUCUCUCUCUCCCUCUCUCUCUCCCCUCACCCCUCUCUAAUGGCGCCCGAAACCCUAACCGAGUACGAGCGCCGCCGCAUGGAGAACAUCCGCCGCAACGGCGAGGUGAUGGCCUCGCUCAAGCUCCGCCGCAUCGCCUCCGAUCUCUCCUCCUCCUCCGCUCAGCAAUCCAUGGCGACGACGAAGAAGAGGCCCUGCCCCUCCCCCACGCCCCGAUCCCCCGUCGUCCUCCGCCGCUCCCUCCGCACCCGCGGCCUCCCCCCUAAUCGAUCCCCAUCCCCCUCCUCCGAUCCCCCUUCUCCCCCUCCCAAUCCCGCCUCCGCCGCCCGGGAGAGGAUCGGCCCCUUCCCCACCGCCGAUACCCUCGUCGGGGGCUCCGGAUCGGCCGAUCGAGGCCUGAUCGACGCGAUUUUGGGAGCUUCAAAGGCGUCGGAAUCGGAUCAUGUGAAGGGAAGGGGUUCCGGGUUCGAUCCGAGGCGUUCGAUGGCUCUGAGGGAGGAGAAGGUGAGGAAGGUUCUCCGGGAGAGGAUCCUGGCCGUGCGAUUCCUGCCUUUUGGGGAUCGGACGGUGAUCGCUGCGGGGAAUAAGCUGGGGCAUCUAGGGUUUUGGGAUGUGGAUUAUAGUGGAGGGGAUGGGGAUGGAGAUGGGGUGUUUGUAUAUUUUCCUCACAGAGCUCCAAUUUCGGGGAUUUCGGUCCAUCUGGAUUCGCCGACAAAGAUUUUCACUAGUUGCUACGAUGGGUUUAUAUGUUUGAUGGAUGCCGAUUCAGAGACGUUCAACAUGAUAUAUUCCUGCGGUUAUUCUAUUUAUUCUUUAUGCCAAGCACCUCAUGAUAAUAACUCCUUAUAUUUUGGAGAGCGAGGCGAGCUCAAACUUUUCGAUUUGAGGGUGGGUAAAGUCUCUGGUUCCUGGGACUUGCAUGAACAGAGGAUAAAUACGAUAGACUUUCAUCCAGAAAAUGUUAAUUUGUUUGCUACAAGUUCGACGGAUGGGACGGCUUGCAUAUGGGACUUGAGAAGAUCAAAAGAGAAUAAGCUGGAAUGCUUGAAGACUGUUCAGCAUAACAGAGCAGUUCAUUCUGCACAUUUUUCACCCAGCGGAAGCUGUCUUGCUACAACGAGUAGAGAUGAUAAAGUACGGAUCAUCAGUGGAGCCAACUUUGAGGAUCUGUUUAUGAUAAAACACAAUAAUCAGACUGGAAGAUGGCUAUCUACAUUCAGAGCAAUCUGGGGCUGGGAUGAUUCCUACCUGUAUCUGGGCAACAUGAGGAGGGCCGUCGACGUAAUCUCCGUGGCCGACAGAACCACGACCACUUUAGAGAGUGAGCACGUGACGUCGAUCCCGUGCCGGUUCGCCGCACAUCCGUACAAUGUGGGAUCUCNAGAUGAAUAA